AUGGGUUAUGUGCGCACUCCCGAGGAAGUCGAAGCAUACGACUUGUUCUACCGCAAUGUCACCGCUCUGAACCACGCAGUUGGUACUACCUUUAUAACCGAUCACGACUUUGCACGCGAGGUUAUUCCACCUUGUUUUGAGGUCCCUCGGCCAGCCACUGGAACAAUGUACGUGUGCACAAACUGCGAGGAGAUCGACGACCAGCGCACGGGCGAGGACGAGGAGGCAGGCGUCGUCUCGCUCGAUGUCCUCUACCAGGGCAAGCCCGGCAGCUAUACGCUAUCGGUCUUUGUCAACCGUGACCAAUCUCUCGCCACUGGCCGCGAGGUGUGGUCAAUGCCAAAGAAGCUGGGCGAAGUCCACCUCAUGGGAAACGGCCGCAAGACAUGUGUCCUUGCCCACCGCAAGGGCGCCGAGAUGCGUCUGAAUACGCUUCUCCAGGCACCAGAAUUCAACACGGAGCCAAAGACCAUCAAGUCCGUAUUUUAUGAGAUCAAGGCUGUAAUGCGGCCAUCGGGCGGGUUCAGCUGUAAACCUACUCUGAUCGAGUUCGAAUGUACCCAAAGCAUUUUUACGUCUCAGGAUGGAGAGUUGGAGCACACCAAGCUGUCAUUAAAGGGAACAGACGAUGACCCGCUGCACACCAUCCCAGUCAAGGAAAUUACUUCAGCCUGGGCAUCGGGGUGUUCAAUGGCCACCAAGGUGCUGAGGGAAAUCGAACUUGAUGACUCGGUAGACUACAGACCUUAUGUCUAUGGCCGAUUCUACGAUGACUGGCCACGCGCGGCUGCAAAGGCAAAGGCUGAGGAUGCUGCCGGACAAUAG